CUGGAUGGACAACAUGGCCACGAUGUGAUGAGUAAUCCCUGUCUGGGUCGUUUGUUUCGGAAAAGCUAAACAUAACACUGCAAAACAUCGAAACACUCAAAAGCAAUGGGUUUGACACAGAGCAGUGGUGGUGGGCCCGAUGGGGGAACAGAAGGAUAUCAUGUCCAUGGGGUUCAAGAAGACUCACCUGCAGAGAAAGCUGGUUUGGAGCCCUUUUUUGAUUUCAUCAUAUCUAUUGGCCAUAACCGCCUUAAUCAGGAGAAUGAUAUGCUCAAAGACCUCCUCAAAGCUAAUGUGGAGAAACCAGUCAAGAUGGAAGUUUACAAUACAAAGACAAUGAGGAUGCGGGAGCUGGAGGUGGUUCCCAGCAACAUGUGGGGUGGACAAGGACUUUUGGGAGCCAGUGUCCGUUUCUGUAGCUUUGAAGGUGCAAAUGAAAAUGUCUGGCAUGUUCUUGAUGUGGAGUCAAAUUCUCCAGCUGCAAUGGCUGGACUCCAGGAACAUUCAGAUUUCAUUGUUGGAGCUGACCAGGUUCUGCAAGAUUCUGAGGAUUUCUUCUCCCUAAUUGAAGCCCAUGAGGGGAAACCACUGAAGCUACUGAUUUACAAUACGGACACAGAUAAAUGCAGGGAGGUUGUUGUUACACCAAAUGGUGCCUGGGGGGGAGAAGGAAGUCUCGGCUGUGGUAUUGGAUAUGGCUACCUGCACCGAAUCCCAGCACAACCCGAAGGCCCAAAAUCUGAAAAGGUCAGUCAAAGAGAGUCACCUGUGGCAGGGACACCAGAGCAAGAAUAUCCAACAAAUGGAUUCUCAGAGGUGUCGUUGAUGGCGUCUGGUCAGUCAUUGAGUGGUUUGGAUCUUGAAACCCCACUGCCACCUCCCAUUCAGAGAGUCAUGGAUCCUGGCUUCUCAGAUCACUCAGAAGUGGCCGUGAUGAAUUCCGAAGUUUCAGACAUUGCAGAUCGACUGGACCUCUCCACUUCUUCCAUCGACAUGACAAACACAUCUCUGGCUGUCAAAGAAGAUGUAGACGUAUCAGGUGUCGAGGAGCUUCAAGACAGUGAUUUCCAUAGUGGUGACCCUGAGGAGCAAAUUACAGAGGAAUAUUCUGCAAUGGAUUUCAGCUCCUCUAUUACACCACCUUCAAAUGCUUCUCCUCCUCUUUCUCUGUCACACUCUCUUCUCCCAAAUCCUCCUCUCGAUAAUAGAAUGCUGACAGACGUGGCAUCUUUGAUGAAUUCUUCAAUCCCGCCUCUCGAUUCUUCCAUACCUCCGCUAGACAUCUCUUCCCUGCUCAUUGACCCAGUCGCUCUUCAUUUGGAGUCGUCUGCCCUGCCUGAAGAACAAUUUCCCUCAGACACUGAUGGUGUCAGUCAGGGCUUUUCUGAGGAGCCUCAAUCAUUUGAGGGCCAAGAGGAACCUGUUUCCUCUGAUCUGACCUCAUUUGAUUCCCAUAAUGCUGAUGUUGAAGCUAAUCUCCAGUAGUGUCAAUACCAGGUACAGUCUUGUAUCUUGUUUACGUGGUUGCUCAACAAUCAUCGAGUGUGUGUUUUCUAAUGGCUUUGUUACUGUUAGAAUCUUGAGCGUGUGUUUUUUUAAUGGUUGUGUGCAAUUUACUUUUAUUUAGUGGUUUUCGUGCUGAUAGGCUUUAUGAUAGGCUGUUGGAAUGUAAGUAGGCCAAUGUUUUCUUUUAGAUAUGAGAUCUUAAUUUAGUUUUAUGUUACUAAGUUGAAACCUGAUUAACUCCGCUUAGAUUCCUUAGACUGGUUUUAAGUCUCAUGGUAUUUUGAAAGUAGCAUACUAAUCCUUUAUUUAAUUGACAGUUUGUUCUAAAUAUUUUAGUAUUUAUUUAGCUACUACACGAGCACUCAUGGAUUGCUGCGUUCAAUUGAACAAGUGUAGAUUAUGUAGAGUUAAAGGCAGACUAUAUACAAAGGAUCUUUGAAACACUGUGAUGCAAUAGACUUAUUUUGUCUAGACAAAACAUUACAUUAUUUUGGUUGCUAUUUAAUCGUUUAGAAGUGUUGCAACAUGUUGGGUUUUUAUUGAUUUUGUUUGGGUGUUUGUAAAGCAAAGCACAGUUUUUAAAAUGCUGGACGUGGGUUUUGUGUUUUAACCAAAAUCUUACUUGUUACUUUGAAUUUUUACUUUGAAUACACAGCCUUUCCAAUUUUUUUUAUUUGAUAACAUACAUAAAUAUAUAGGUGCACAAUAAAGAUUCGGCCUCAUGCAAUGCAGGUGCUUUUUGUUUCCAUGUGUUAUGAAUAGGGCUGCACGAUUAAUCGAAAGCGAUUUUGUGUGUGCAUUUUGUCAGUUAAGCUGGUUCUGUAAUCAGUAGUAAGUAGUAACGUGCUUUCAAAUGGAGCAGCAUUUACCACACAGAGUCUUAGUUCACUGACAAGCUAUGCAAAAUCAUAUGCAUGAUCACAGACCGUUCAAUCGUUUAUUUCUAAAAUCGAAGAUAAUCAUUCUACGAUGUGACCGCUGCUAACAUAAUUUCUCAGUGAUCUAUGGCUCUAUGUUGUUUCUACAUCCGAAAGUACAUCAAUAUACUACAUUUAAUAACAGUUUUUGACUAUAAUAAAUAAUUCAGUGAGAUGAUUCCAUAGUUUUGAGAUUAUUAGACACAUUGAAUCAAUGAAGCUAGUUUAAUCAGCUCUGUUUGAUUUCCUGAGUCUCUUCUGUUGCGCCAUAUUUACAGUUUCUGCAUGAGAGUUUCCUGUUAGGAUAAACUACUGAUCACAGAGCCAUGCUUCCUUGACCAGAUGUGCAUGACAGUUGCAGUUUUUGCUAAAUUGAGAUAUCAAUUUCAAUUUGAUCAUGUAGCUCUAGUUACGAGUGACCAAAAAUUCUUUGUUGUUGUUUAAAACGUUUUUUUAAACCCCUCACACACGUGUGUGAAUACAAGUGUCAAUUGGUCUUACUGUCAGUGUUUUUUCAGUUGCUGUUCUUGUUUUAUUCCUUUUGUAUGUUGUUUUUCUGAAACAUUGGCACAGUCCAGUUUGAUAUCUUGUGGACAGACCAAGUUCUAACAAUCAUGACAUUUUAAUCAACCAUAAACUUUAGAAUGAAAAAGCACAGAAAUUAAACAAGGAUGAAACUUUCUAUUUUAUUUGUGGUGGGUUUAUGGUUUAUAAGACUGGUUGGAAAGGCUGUGUGUUUGACUACAUAUAUCCAUAAAUAAAAAUAUAUGUACACUUUGGACUUUAGUUUUUGGGCCUGUCCAAAUACCCACAUUUGCUUUCUUGGCCACUUGAAAGUGUGCGCACAUUAAAUGUACACUAAAUCUAAACUAUCUAAAAUACCAUUUCAGAGCAGUGUUCAAUGCCAAGCGUAUCCCAUCAUGCAUUGUGUUCUGGAAACAAAUUAUAAUAAUAGACUUUUUUUGUCAAGACCUGUCUAUAAUUUGGUAGGAUGUUUUAUUGGUUCAUGCUGCAGAAAUUUUCUCUAUCAUUUAAUUAUGAACACCAAACACUUAAAUUUUGUUUGUUAUACGAAUUAUACAUAUUUUGUUACUCUAAGAAUAAAACAGUUGAAUGCCACAAAAUAUGCAAUGUAAAUUCAUAUUUACAGUUAAUAUACUGUUAAAUCAUACAAAAUAAUACUUAUUAUUUAAACAUCACAACCCUGUGAUGAAUUUUCUUCACACCCACUUUAUAAGCACUAUAUUAAAUACAGGGAAAAUGUCAUUUAAGUAGACAUUAUUAAAAUGGCCAAGACUGCAAGUGGUGGUUUGUGAACAGGCCCUUUCUCAGGUGUGUAAUUUAGGCUGGAAAGAGUAAUGCUAUAUUCAUGCUUAAAUGUUUGUUGACAAAAGUGUUAAAAAUCAACACUAGAGAAAGUUGUCACAGUAAUAAAUUUUGCCACUUUUUAAUUUUUGUGACGUAUAUACUUGGUUGUUAAUUGUUUUUGGUUGUUUAAUUGUGGUUUAGAUGUUUAUUGAUCUAUGCAAAUAUGGCUAUUGUAUUGAAAUUUCUGUGGUGUUAAGAUGACUCUAUCACUGCCACAUUUAAGAAUAGUGUCAUAUUCAGGACUUUUCUGUGUCUUGUUGAUGGGAAGAUCUGAAUGAGACAAUACCUCUUUGAUCUGAAGUUCUUUAUCAUAGUUCAUAAAGAGUUUCAGCUGUGAACAAAGACUUUAUAUGUGUCGAUUCCUGAAGAAAACAUCUCUUUGGAUUAAUAUUCAUUAAUGGUUUGUUGUUAGGAAAGACUAUUUGACUUUUUUAAGACAAAUGUACAGAAUAUCUGUUCUUCCUGAUAUGUAUAUUUUUGUAUUGUAAUGCUACCAACGCUUGACAAGAAGGUUAAACACAAAAAUGGUUUAAUUUUACAACACAAAUUGUAUUCUUUUGCUUUGUGGGGAAAUAACGAAGUGAAAACACUGGAACCAUACAUGGCAAUAAAAGAUCCAAACUA